AUGGCGGGACACCUGGCUUCCGACUUCGCCUUCUCCCCCCCGCCGGGCGGUGGAGGCGAUGGCCCGGGAGGGCCAGAGCCGGGCUGGGUUGAUCCUCGGACCUGGAUGAGCUUCCAGGGGCCUCCCGGUGGGUCAGGGAUCGGGCCGGGGGUUGGGCCCGGCGCCGAGGUGUGGGGUCUUCCCGCGUGCCCCCCGCCCUACGACUUGUGCGGAGGGAUGGCCUACUGUGCACCUCAGGUUGGAGUGGGGCUGGUGCCCCAAGGCGGCCUGGAGACCCCUCAGCCCGAGGGCGAGGCGGGAGCCGGGGUGGAGAGCAGCUCCGAGGGGGCCUCCCCGGAGCCCUGCGCCGCCCCCGCUGGCGCCGUGAAGCUGGAGAAGGAGAAGCUGGAGCCGAACCCCGAGGAGUCCCAGGACAUCAAAGCUCUUCAGAAAGACCUCGAACAAUUUGCCAAGGUCCUAAAGCAGAAGAGGAUCACCCUGGGAUAUACCCAGGCCGAUGUGGGGCUCACCCUGGGGGUUCUCUUUGGGAAGGUGUUCAGCCAAACGACCAUCUGCCGUUUUGAGGCUUUGCAGCUCAGUUUCAAGAACAUGUGUAAGCUGCGGCCCCUGCUGCAGAAGUGGGUGGAGGAAGCUGACAACAACGAGAAUCUGCAGGAGAUAUGCAAGGCAGAGACCCUCGUGCAGGCCCGGAAGAGAAAGCGGACGAGUAUUGAGAACCGAGUGAGAGGCAACCUGGAGAGCAUGUUCCUGCAGUGCCCAAAGCCCACCCUGCAGCAGAUCAGCCACAUCGCUCAGCAGCUCGGGCUUGAGAAGGAUGUGGUCCGAGUGUGGUUCUGCAACCGUCGCCAGAAGGGCAAACGAUCAAGCAGUGACUGUUCGCAACGAGAGGAUUUUGAGGCUGCUGGGUCUCCUUUCUCAGGGGGACCAGUAUCCUUUCCUCUGGCGCCAGGGCCCCAUUUUGGUACCCCAGGCUAUGGGGGUCCUCAUUUCACUACGCUGUACUCCUCGGUCCCAUUUCCUGAGGGUGAGGCCUUUCCCUCGGUGUCUGUCACCACUCUGGGCUCCCCCAUGCAUUCAAACUGAGGUGUCUGCCCUUCCCAGGAAUGGGGGCAGA